GGGUGGAGAGAAAAAACAGGUACAGCAGGUUGGUUGUUGCAGAAAAUGUAAAUCUUUUACAGGUCACCUGCUUGAGCUGACUGAUGUGAUGCAGAGCUCAUCAACUUUACUGGUGAGCUGUGUGCACUCAUGUGUUAGUCACAAGGUUGGAAACAAAGGUCACCUAAUGUUCUGUCAGUCCAUCACAAACAUUCAGGAUGCCCAAAGCACCAGACAUGCUCCUUCUCUUCUUCUGUCUUGUUGGGGCAGCAGAUGCCCUGCACAAACAGUGGAUUCCUGACACCAACUAUGAGAAUAAGACCAACUGGGACAAAGGAGCUGUUCCCUGUGGCAAUGACAGAGUUCAGUUUCCGGCCCAGAGGAAAGUGUCAGUGUUUGUGAACAACAUGCAUGCUGUGCAGGAGAUGUGGCUGCCAACUGAUGGAGAGUUCAUCCUCAAUUCAGGAGCUGGAUUUUAUGUUGUGAGUGGACAAGAUCCAGGCUGCGGAGCAGGUGUCGUGACCCAGUUCAAAGAUUCAGAGUCUCUUCAGUGGUUUAACCCAGCACUCUGGCAGGCAGCUGCAAGUCUGGAUGACCUGCAGAGAGGAAACUUCUUGUUCUCAGUCCACGACGAGAGUGUCCCUUGCCAGUAUGAUGAUGUGGUUUUUAAAGAACACUCCUCUUUCAGGGUGGACACCAGCUCACAUCAGUCUAGCAUUCCUGUCAAAUCUGUGUCUGUGCUGGGGAAGAAGUUUAAGGGCAAUUCUGAGUUCUCCCAGUACCUCAGCUCACGCUCAGGUCAGCUGCAGUUUCACGGAUCCUCUGCCGUCACUGUUGGGAACCCAGAGUGUGGGGAUCCUACUGGCUGUGACUGUGGGAAUUCUGCAAACCAUCAGCAGAUCUGUAGCACUGUAACGUGUGCCUCUCUGAGCUGUAAGAAGCCUCUCCUCCCUGUGGGACACUGCUGUGAUGUGUGCGGUGCCAUUGUCACAAUCCGCUAUGCUGCUGGUUUCAACCUGGAGACUUACAGGCAACGAAUCCAUCACCUAUUCCUCACCCUGCCACAGUACAAAUCCCUUCAGCUUGGCAUGUCUAAAGUCUUCAAGUCACAGCGGUUGAUGGGGAUCGUCCCUUUUGGUGCCUCACCUGAGAUCCAGGUGGUUAUCGUGGAUGGAGAGAAGGGAAUACAGUCGGAGGGUCUGGCCAAGGACAUACUGAAGGAUGUCAGUUCUCAUGGCUCCAACCUGGGAAUCACUGAGGCUGAAUUUCAAGCCUCCACUGGGGGCAGCACUGGUCCGCCUGGAGGCACUGUUGGGAUGUGGGUCGGAAUAGUGUUUGGAGUUUUGAUUUUGAUUACACUCAUCACUAUCAUGGUUGUGCUGAUUCAAAAGGGAGUUCUUCGCAUGCCAUCAUCGCUGCCAUUAUCGCUGCCAUCUCUGAGAAGCCUCAGGCGAAGAAGCGAUGUUGGAGAACUCGGUGGGCCUCUUGACCACGGCUUUGAUAAUCCUAUUUUUGACAGGCCCAACAUGCUGCCUGAUAUUCCCGGUGUGUAUGGGACUGAAACAAAUCGUUCAAUCUCCAUGACUCAGACAGGUGUGCACUUUGUAAAUCCAGUUUAUGAUGAGAACGAAACAGAUUUUAAUGCCUGAAGUUGACUGAAGUGAACUUUACGAAUGUUAAUGAUUAUCAGAGUUAUUAACUUGAUGAUUUUACAGACCCUUCAUAGACAAUAAAUCCUCUUAUAGCUUUAUAAUGGAUCUGUAAGACAAAUAAAACAUUUGUGGGCAUAAAA